AUGCCUCCAGUUCCUAAACCAACUUCGGACAAAUGGGAUCUGAUCGUAAUCGGUGGUGGAUCAGGUGCGAUGGGCGUUGGUCGUCGUGCAGGUCAAUAUGGUAAAAAAGUUGUCAUUAUUGAAGAAUCGGGUAGAUUAGGUGGAACAUGCGUAAAUGUUGGUUGUGUUCCUAAAAAAUUGAUGUGGCAUGCUGCUGAUAUGCGUGAAGCAUUAGCAAGUUCACCCGAAUAUGGCUUUGGUACGGCAGACGGUAAACCCGUCAAUGGCGUUCCGGAAUUUCAAUGGAAAUAUUUCACCGAAAAACGUGAAGCUUACAUUCGUAGAUUAAAUGGUAUUUAUGAUCGUAACGUCGCAAACGAUAAGGUUGAAUACCUUUCCGGUCAUGCAGAAUUGAUCGGUAACGGUCAAGUUAAGGUCACUUUGCGUAACGAAGACGGCUCGUUCCAAGACGAAGGACACGUUAUUUCCGGUGACCAAAUUUGUAUCGCUACUGGUGGACGUCCAACACAACCUUCUGAUAAUGAUAUCCCAGGUGCUUCUUUGGGUAUCGAUUCUGACGGCUGGUUUGACUUGCGCGAACAACCAAAGAGAGCAGCAGUCGUUGGUGCGGGUUACAUUGCCGUUGAAUUGGCAGGUGUGAUGAACACUCUUGGCACUGAAACUCACUUGAUCAUCCGUCACGAUAAGUUCUUACGUAACUUUGAUCCGAUCAUCUCUGAUACCUUGCAAGAUUACAUGGGCAAGACAGGCUUGAACGUUCAUCAAAAAACCAACGUCAAACGUGUUACAGGUGAAAAAGGUGGACCACUCACUUUGCAUUUGGAUACCGGAAAGACUUUGGAGGUUGAUGUUCUCUUAUGGGCAAUCGGUCGUCGUCCAAACACUGACAAUCUCGGUUUGGAGAAAGCUGGUGUAAAGACUGACAAAAAGGGUGACAUCAUUGUGAACGAAUUCCAAGAGACAAACGUCAAAGGCGUCACUGCUCUCGGUGACGUAGCAGGAAGGGCAUUAUUGACGCCAGUCGCAAUCGCAGCCGGUAGAAGAUUAUCUAACCGUCUAUACGGUCCUGAUCAUCUUCGUGGAAAGGAUCACUUGAAUUAUGACAAUAUCCCAACCGUUGUCUUUUCCCAUCCAACUUCCGGUACAGUCGGUUUGACAGAACCAGAAGCACGCGAAAAGUAUGGAGACGACAAAAUCAAGAUUUACAAGAGUAACUUUGUUACUUUGUAUUAUGGGAUGCUUGAACAUAAACAGCCAAGUGCUUAUAAAUUGGUCUGUGUUGGACCCGAAGAAAAAGUUGUUGGUGUUCAUAUUGUUGGUUUGGGAAGUGAUGAAAUCAUGCAAGGUUUCGCUGUCGCUGUCAAGAUGGGUGCCACAAAGAAGGACUUGGAUGAUACUGUCGCAAUCCACCCUACCUCUGCUGAAGAGUUGGUCACAAUGAAGUGA